AAAAAACUUAUAACUCAUAACUUUUAAAUUUUAACUUAUUACUAAAGAAGUAAAAGUUUUAAGAAACUGCAAACAUGCCCGUAAUCCGAGUAAGGGAUACUAGGCACGCCAUAAAGAAAAGUUUUCACGAGCCUGACUACGUGUAGGAUCAUGCUUCUCUAGCAUGCAAGGAGAACGCCACAUAAUCUAUGAUAUCCGACACGCGUGCCUAUCCCACAUUUUUCUAUUUAGCAGCAACCAAAAACGAAAGACAAAUAGUGUGAAAAAGGAAAACUAGAAAGAAGAGAGGAGAGAAAUGGACACCCAGAAACAGACAAUAAGAGAGCAUGCGGAGAAGGGGAGGCAACAAACAGAAGGUAACAAGGAGGAAUGUGGAGUUUGUUUCGAAAGCACGACAAAGACGACGGCAAUUGAUCCGCUAGCAAAGGUGGUGAUAAGUGAAUCCAUCAUCAAAUGAUGGGAGUAAAGACGAUAAGGCCGG